AUAAGUGUAUUAUAUAUAAAUUUGAGUAUAAAUAUAACAUUGUAUAUUAUAAAGACGUAUUUGUGAUUGAUUGACAAACAUAAAGCUCUGCAAUAAGGCAAAAGCUUUGAACAAUAGUUGAUUCAUAUUUACUGUCCGUCAAAUAUAAAGUAUUUUAAAGAAGGAAUUAUCUUGGCGACAUACAUCAUUCAAAAUACACUUGUGUUAAAUUAACAACAUACUCAGUGCACAAAUAUGUCAAAAUGUCUGAUGUUGCUAAUGAUCCGAUAGUUAAAAUUGAACCGCAAGAAUAUCCAAUCGAAGACAUUAAACGGGAAAUUGAAGAAGAUUAUGAAUCGUGUUCAGAGGAUGACAAAACAUGUCUAAAGAGAUUUAAGAACUCAAUAGUAAAAAUAGAAGAAGUCAAACAGGAAUUAAUUCAGACUGCUCCUUAUAAAUGUGACAAGUGUAAUAGAACAUUUAGAAAGUUGCUUUAUUUAGAACAGCAUAUGGUGAAUUAUUGUCAUAAGUAUACAUAUUGUUCAGAGACUUUACCAGAUGCAUGUGCAUUAGGAAUACACAUAGAAUCUCAUACAGGUGAAAAACAUUUCACAUGCACAAAGUGUGAUGAAGCAUUUACUGAACAAUAUCAUUUAGAUCAACACAGUUGUGCUCCUGCAAGAGAACAAAUUUCACAUUUGAAUGAAUCUGGUAAUCAAAAACGAAAUAUUCGCGCUCAUACUGCAAGGAAGCCAGGUAAACAAGUUUGUGACAAGAAAUUCACACAAUUGGGUGCUUUGAAUCAACAUAUGCUUAUUCACACUGGCAAACGUCCUCAUGUUUGCCAAAUUUGUGACAAGAAAUUCACACAAUCGAGUAACUUGAAAAGACAUAUGCUCGUUCACACUGGUGAAAGGCCACAUAUUUGCAAAAUAUGUGAUCAGGCAUUCAAUCAUUUGGGUAACUUGAAUCAACAUCUACUCAUCCACGCUGGCAAAAGACCCCACAUUUGCCAAAUUUGUGAUAUGACAUUCACACAAUUGGGUACCUUGAAUAGACAUGUGCUAAUUCACAAUGGGGCACGUCGUGAAAAAUGUAAGUUAUGUGGUAAGACAUUCACACAAUUGUCUCACUUGAAUCAACAUAUGCUCAUUCACACUGGCGAACGACCUCACACUUGUCAAAUUUGUGAUAAGAAAUUCAGACAUUCGUGUACCUUGAGAAGACAUAUGCUCAUUCACACUGGCAAACGUCCACACGUUUGCCUAAUUUGUGAUAAGGCAUUCAUAAAUUUGUCAAACUUGAAACAACAUCUGCUCAUCCACACUGGCAAACGUCCGUACAUUUGUCCAAUUUGUGAUAAGACAUUCACACAAUCGUCUCACUUGAAAAACCAUAAGCUCAUCCACACUGAAGAGCGCGCCUUCAAAUGCAAAAUCUGCGAUAAGGUAUUCAAACAAUCACGUACCCUGAAAAAGCACAUGGUUGCUCAUACCAAUGAGUAA